AUUUAGCAACUCUUUCCAAAACUGAAGUGUGUGUGAGGAUGCUAUCAACGUUUUAUUCAACGGCAGCUCGAAAUGGCCUCUUUCCCGCCCCAAUUCUGAUUGCACUGCAGGGGGGAGAAAAACUUCGAGGCGGCUCAGUGGCAGCACGCCGCCUCUCCCUUCACUCUCGCCUUCCUCCUCUGCUGGAACGCACCGAACCUCAUCCUCCGUUGUGGAUCCUACCCUGCCCGCCUGCAGCCGAACCGCACGACGGACCCCACGGGAACCUCCACCGGAGGAGCUCCUGAGACUUCCUGUUCGCUUUCUUGCUUUCACUUGGAGAAGCGAACACAUUUUGGGAUGUUGUAGAGGAGGAAAAGCUUGCUAACGAAGUUUCUUCAUGGUCGAAAAAGUCCCUCAUCGUUGAAAAGUGAAGAUUGGCUUUAUCCAGACCAAAAACAUCAAAAAAGAGGUGUUUGUUACUUCCUGGUUGGCGUGGACGCGAGCUUCAAGUUUCGUCUGUGAGACAGGCUGUGAACUCUCUGUGGGGGUCCGGUGGUGGCCUGGUCUUGGGCCAUGAGUAGCAGCUGGCGGGACCAUCUCCAGAACCUUUGCACGUGGAACACCUAAAAUGGGGUUGAUGAAAGCUGGUUUCUAAUCAUUGUGAAGACCACCUGACCUUUCUCACAUCUUGAGCCCCUUCAAGAUCCUCCAAGAUUCAUCUUUUUUGCCAACUUUCUGUCUCAACAAUGAAAGAUAAACUUCUUUAUUUCCUGCUCCUCCCUGCAUUGUUGUUCCUGCGGCUGCCCUCUGUGGUCAGCGGGGACUGCUGGCUGAUUGAGGGGGACAAAGGCUAUGUUUGGCUGGCGAUCUGCAGUCAGAACCAGCCCCCCUAUGAGACCAUACCCCAGCACAUUAACAGCACGGUUCAUGACCUGAGGCUGAACGAGAACAAGCUGAAAGCUGUGCUCCUCACCUCAAUGUACCGCUUCACCAACCUCACUGACCUGAACCUCACCAAGAACGAGAUCAGCUACAUUGAGGACGGGGCCUUUGCUGGACAGGCCAACCUUCAGGUUCUCCAGCUGGGUUACAACAAGCUGACAAACCUGACGGAGGGUAUGUUACGAGGCCUGGGUCGGAUGCAAUGCCUCUUCCUUCAGCACAACCUCAUUGAGGUCAUCGCCACCAAUGCCUUCUGGGAGAGCCCCAGCCUCAGUAGCCUAGACCUGUCGUCCAACAAGCUGGCCCGCCUGGACCCGUCCACCUUCACAGUCCUCAACCGGCUAAUGGUGUGCGAGCUAGCCGGGAACCCUUUCCACUGUGGCUGCGAGCUCUAUAGCUUCCUCACCUGGCUGGAAGCCUUCAACAACGUCACGCACACCUACGACCGCCUCCAGUGUGAGACCCCACGCGAACUCAAUGGUUACUCCAUUCUGGGCCCCUCACUGGGACACGGGAGGAAUGCCCGAGUCAUCCUUUCCACCAGAUGUCAAGAUGGCGUGAUCAUUCCAGGCAUUUCGUCGACCGGACCAGAACUGGAUGGCUCCGGCAUGGGUUUGGACAAUCUGGACCCCGGCUUGUACCACCAGCCGAGCUUUUCCUCCACCCCUCACCCUACCUACAACCACCAGAUCUCAAUGAAGCUCCAGACUGUGUCCCUCUUCAGCGCCUUAGUGGUGGUUCAGAUACCACGACCAUACAGUAAGAUGUACGUUAUGUCACAGUACAACCACACCUUCGUGGCGGACAUUAUGCCCCUGAAUAACAAGAGGGAGGUGGUAACAUUGGAUAAACUCCGGCCACACACCAACUACACCUACUGUGUUGCCUCUGUUGGGAAAACCCAGCGCUACAACCACACUUGCCUGUCCUUUACCACACGGGCUGUGGGACCAGCGGACCCCCGCAGCAACCCAUCCACCACCACACACUAUAUAAUGACUAUUCUGGGGUGUCUCUUCGGCAUGGUCAUUGUACUGGGCUGCGUCUACUAUUGCCUCAAACGGCGACGCAUCCAGGAGGAGAAGGAUAAAGCCUUGAGUGUGAAGAAAACCAUCCUGGAGAUGAGGUAUGGCCCAGAGACGGCAGCAGCGGUGGCCAGCGACGCGGCUGCCAUGCAGCGUCUACAAGAUCAGGUCCUCCACCAACACCACCACGGAGGGGCUGCGGGCAGCAAGUUGCCCCCCUCGGCCUCCUCUAGCACAGGCAUGCUCCACGGCUCCGCCAACACCACUUCUUCCCGCCUCUCCAAUUUACCACAGGUAGAGAACAUGGCCAGCACCUUUUCCGAGGCCAUGGGCACCAAGGGGAGCUACAUGGACGUAAGGAAUUCUGUGGAGGGCCGAGAGGGGGAGAUGGUGGCGGUGAGUGCAGGUGGGGAGGUCGUUUUAGAUAUACGAGGCGGCGGAGCUGAAAACAGGAGAGACGUGGUGGAGGAUUCUGAUGAGGAUGGCCGUGGUUCGGCAUCAGAGAUCUCCACCAUCGCCAAGGAGGUGGACAAGGUGAACCAGAUCAUAAACAACUGCAUUGACGCUCUCAAACUGGAUGCUUCCACUAAUGUGGAGAAUGCAAGUGUCAUGUCCUCCCCGCAUCCUCCAGUUUGCAUGGCAUCCCAUCCGCGGAACCUGCUGCCCCUUGCUUCAGGAGAUCAAAUCAUGGCCUCUUCACCAAAGGCGAACCCCAAGUCCCAUACUCAAGCUCAAGCUGCUCCACAGCCUCAAGUUCACCCUCAACUGCACCAGAAGCCUCUUCCUCCCUCCAUGGCCCCAGUGCCCCUAGUGAUGCCCCUGUCAGAGCGGCCUGGUAUCAGCGGUGGGGGUUUCCUUUCUCCUCCAUACCGUGACCCACCCCCGGCUAACGCAGUGCGGCCCCUUCAGAGGCAGUUGAGCGCAGACACCGCCGUGGCCAGGAACCGUUGCGGAACCCCUGCCAUCGGGGGGCCGGUCAAGAGUGGCCGGGUGUUCAGCAUGGAUGUACCUGAGAAACGUAACGACCCGCCCAAGUACCCAUCAGAAAAAAGCAGCCCAGUGGGUAGUUCAGUAGGGGGCUGCAAUGGAAUGGGGAGUGUCAACGGGGGCGGCGGGGUGAGCAUGAAUGGCAGUGGCAUAGCGUGUAGUAAUGGAAGUGGAGGUCGAGGUGGGGCAUCUGGUUCUGGUCCUGGCCUGCAACAGAAGCAGCAGCACCACCACCUGGAGGUUCAGUCCGAUUACCACAGCUCCGAACACCGCCAUUCCUUCCCUGCGCUCUACUACGAGGGCGGCAGCGAGUCACCCUCUGCGGCCCAGAAAGAGUCCUUCCUUAAACCACUGGGGCGCUCCAAAAGGGAUGCCGCAGCCGCCUAUUCACAGCUGUCGCCUGCUCGCCACCACCACCACUACAACUCGGGUUACUCUUCUAGUCCCGAGUACUCAUCGGAGAGCACACUGCGGAUCUGGGAGCGAUUCCGUCCAUACAAGAAGAGUCCGCGGGAGGAGGCGUCUUACAUCGCAGCGGGCCAUGCCCUGCGCAAGAAGGUGCAGUUCGCCAAGGAUGAGGACCUCCAUGACAUUUUAGACUACUGGAAGGGUGUUUCCGCCCAGCAGAAGCUGUAAGCCGAGUCGAAUCGAAUCAAAGGAAGGUUUGGUGCCAAAAGCAGACUAAAAAAUGUGGGUGAUAAUGUAGCAGGACACAUUUCCUCUCAGUUUGCCCGUUGGAGGGAAGGUUAAGGAUGUAUAUUUUCUUUAUAAAAUGUUUUGAUGUUAAUUUGACUGCCUCCUACUGGGCACUUUGGUUCUCGCAGGUGCCCAACACUGAUGAGCUAAACCAGAGGUGUCAAUCUCUUUAUCAUCACGGGCCUCAUCACAGUUAGGGGGCCGUUAUGACUGUGAAAACCACAUAAAUGCAUAGUCACCUCAUCAUAUUACAGUGAACCGCCACAUAGUCACGAUUUGGCAUUCGCAAAUUUGCCUAUUUCCAGAUUUUUUGGGGGAACCUAUCCUCCGUUAUCACUGAAGCACUUGCCUAUUUAUUGUUUUUGUGCCAUGUCUCAUAAAAAUAUUGAUUUGGCACCAUGUUGUGGCAUCUAAUGGAAAUUACAAUACUUUUUGUGGGUGUCAAUCAGAUUUUAGCGGGUUUACUAUAUUAAAAUCUAAUUAUAUUAAAGUCAUGGAAAAUUAUGGCAUCCAAAUAUUUAAGAAUACCAUGACUGUUCAAAUAAUGUUAAUAAGGGAUUUGGUGAAAACAUGCUAUAUAUUUGUGCUACAAGGGAAGAGAAAAACUUUGAUACAAGAACAAACUUAUUCAGUGAGAAGAAGUAUAGAUGAUAUGUUAUUUGGGCACAUAAAAUGAUGCAGCGGACAAGAUCUCAUCCGUGGACCUUGAGAUUCACAGAUGUGAGCUAAACAAAGGUGAUUUUUUUUUCCCCACAAACUAUCUCAUUACCAGGGGAACGGUGAAGCCGAGCUAUCUCGCUGGCAGCAGCUGCCCUUUUCUUGGCUUAAGCCAGCACGCUCACUCUCAUUUUAAUUACAUCAAACCACCGUUCACCCAACAAUCGUUCCACCACGCCGCCAACACCUGCUCCUCCUACACAAGCACCAUUUAGCGAGAUAAUGAGCGAGCAGGAUGAGGAAUUAGGCGGGUUUGUUGGAGAAUAGUCGCUUGCUCUUGUACGGCGGCAGCACCAGCUAAAUGACGCCAGGCGAUAGUUAUCGGGCUAAUUGUUCUCGCUGGCAAUUAGCCUGCAUAUCGAUUCGGGAAACAUACCUAAGUACAUAUGUUGGGCAUAUCGGCAUUGUGUGUGUGUGUGUGUGUGUGCUUACCAAUUUAUUUCGCAAACAUAAAUGAUAAAAAUGAUC